GUGAGAGCUGCGCAGCACCAGCGCCAUUUUCUCCUGCUCCGCGGAUCCGAGUAGAAGCGCCGAACCGAGCUCCCGCGCCGAACCGAUCUCUCAAACCCGCCGCACGCUCACCGGGCGUUAGAUAGCGAUGCCGGUCCAUCCGCUGCGUGUCGCGGUCGUGUGCUCCAGCAACCAGAACCGCAGCAUGGAAGCGCACAACAUCCUGAGCAAGCGAGGGUUUGAUGUGCGUUCCUUCGGCACAGGAACCCACGUCAAGCUCCCUGGACCCGCUCCGGACAAACCCAACAUUUACGACUUCAAGACCACGUACGAGCAGAUGUACAACGACCUGGUCCGUAAAGACAAGGAGCUAUACACUCAGAACGGGAUCCUGCACAUGUUGGACCGCAACAAGCGCAUCAAGACACGACCCGAGCGCUUCCAGAGCUGCAAAGACCAGUUUGACCUGGUCAUCACGUGUGAGGAGCGUGUGUACGACCAGGUGCUGGAGGACCUGAACUCUCGUGAGCAGGAGAGCUUGCAGCCGGUGCAUGUGAUUAAUGUGGAUAUCCAGGACAAUCACGAGGAGGCCACGCUAGGAGCGUUUCUCAUCUGUGAGCUGUGUCAGUGUAUCCAGCACACUGAUGACAUGGAGAACGAGAUGGACGAGCUCCUGCAGGAGUUUGAGGAGAAGAGCCAGCGGCCGUUCCUUCACACCGUCUGCUUCUACUGACACCACAGCCUCUCUGUUGACCUCCAGCACUGACCUCAGGUGACCUUCAGCACUGUACGCACACCUGGAGGAACCGGGAGCUGCUCCUGAGAUCCAGGGAUCUUACCAUUCAUAACUCUGGCGGACGGGACGCGUUAUCUCCUGCUUUCUCAUGAAUUUAUUUCAGCGUUAUUUAAAGAUGGGAUUCGAUGCCUGUUUUGUUUUUCUUUGAUUUUGUAAAUGGAAAGAUGAUUCUAUAAUUGUACCUGAGAGUGCCUGAAAUGAUUCUUGUACAUACUGCUCUAUAAAUGAAUGGAUGAAUGAAUAAAGCGUUGAUGAGUCAGUGA